CAAAUGAUUCAUUCGGAUUGAGGGGUUGGACUUAAACCAGACGAAAACCCACAAUACAUUGUUUUCUUCACAAACGUCUGAAAUUUAAGAACGGGUUAGUGUUGCAGCUACAUUCUGCAGUGUGAAGAGACUGAUCUGCACGUAAAUAAUUCAGGACGCUAGACUGUAUUUCUGACUUCCCGAGUGUAGCGUGUUAGCAAACUUUUGAUCAUGGCACUGGACGGAUGUGGCCAGCUGUGCAAGUGUAUCCUCAUCCUUUUCAACAUCCUUUUUGCCCUGGUGGGUUUUGCAAUGUUGGGGUUGGGCUUGUGGCUGAGGUUCAGCUCUGAGACCAGAGGAUUUUUUGACAUAGACCUCAACACACAACAGUUUGUCAUCGGUGUGUCAGUGUUGAUUGCGUUAGGAGCAGUGAUAUUGCUCGUGGCUGUUUUCGGAGACUAUGGAGCAUGCAAUGAGAAUAGGACUGCAUUGGGAGUGUUUUCCUGCCUGCUGGCUAUCCUGGCUGGAUUAGAGAUUGGAGCCGGUGUGUUUGCCUACAUGAGAAGCGAUGAGGUGGGAGAGCAGCUGGCAAAAUUCUAUAUAACUGUGUACGCUCAGUAUGUGGACAAAGGAGACCCUGGCUUGACUGUUACCCUGUCCAUGUUCCACAAUGUGUUGCACUGCUGUGGACUCAUUGGUGCCUUGGACCCCUUGGUCAAAAGAACAUGUCCCGAUACCGGCUUUUUGGAGACCUUCACUCUCCCUGCCUGCCCCACAGUGAUCGUCAACCUCUUUGAGUCCAAAGCGCCUCUGGUGAUGGGCCUCUUCCUUGGGACUGCUGCUAUGCUGAUCUUUGCCCUGGUGUGCAGCUCCCUCCUCAGCAAAGAGAUCCAGCGCUCCCAGUCCUCUCCUCCCCCCUACAUCCUCCUCUCCUCUACUGUCCUCUCCCCCCCUAACCAGGACCCUGUGGUCUUUUCCCCGCUCCCUGUCAUCAUACCUGUGGCUGAUGCACUGUAACUCCUUACCCCUCCAUCUUUAUUUACACCAAUGAUCUAUGCUUCUUUCCUUGCACAUAGAUUCUUUCUUUCCACUGCUCAGUAAGGUCAAUGUCUAGUCUCACUGCAAGCUAUCCAACUUGUCCCAUUUAAAUGUCUGGAAUUAGUGUUUCUCGUCUUCAAUUCACACUCCUUUGGUACAUUUGCUUGUCUCAGAAGCCAUAUUUUAGGUGGGGAUUUGCACUAAUGAAUCUCACCCUGUUGCAGCAUGUGGUCUAAUCCUGAAGGUGAUGGGGGGGUGAUUGCUCCACCCUGCUCUCUUUAUAUGAUCCCAUUCUGCUUAACCCUUUCCUCCCUGCAUCCCCACCUCCUCCUGUUGCUCCUAGAUCACAGCCCUGGUGUGCUGCAGCAUCCUCAUGAAACAGAUCAAGAGGAGUCACCUCUCUGCCCCCUGUACCACAGCCAGGCUGUGUAUUGAGGGGACAGGACCACCACCAUAUUCAAACACAGUUUUCUCCACUAGGAGACCAAACCAGAUAGUUGUCAUUCAG